CUGGGAAGACCCUUAGCGACCGAGCUCAACAUGCUCUUUACUUGCGUUUCUUCUACUGGAAGUAAUCGAAAGGUGCUAAACGCAAAUCCAAAUUCGUCGUCAUUUGUGGGACAUACUCUUAUUGAUGUUUUAAACAGACGUAAAAAUGAGUUCUAGAUUGAUAGCAGGAAUCGUGGCAGGGAUUUGUGGCACAUUUUUCCUCGGAUAUUGUAUAUACUUUGACAAGAAGCGAAGGAGCGACCCCCUUUACAAGCAGAAACUUUUAGAGAGUAAGUUUGUUUAAAGUUUGUGAGGGAAGAGAGUUAACGAGGAAGCUAGAAGAGAUAAAAAGUAUCAGUUUUCAUACCUAAAAAGCUCUGCUAAAUUUUAAACUUUCGUGGUCGAAUGAUUAGGUAAGAUUCCAAUUUUGCGAGGCCGUGUAACUGAUGUAACACGUGAGUGUAUUUCCAAAUGUUAUCACAAACUGCUGUGUCAGUAAUUAAUGAUUAUCACGUGAAAAUUUUUGAUGAUUGUGCAGUUAUCUAAAGGAAAUUUUUGGUUAUAAUUGUGGUUACUUGUGGUUACUUUCUAACGUCACAAUUUCAUAGUUGAAAAACAUGUUUGUCUCGUUAUGCAAUGCAGAUGUGCAAGAGCUAUAAUUUACCGAGGAUAUUGUGAACACAUUUUCACCAAGACCUUCAAUUUUGCAUUGCAUACCACAGUUAUUGCCUAUUUCCAUGUCUUAUUUUAUCUUAAAUUAACAACACACAAGUGUGUUCUUGAGGUCUUAAACAGCAGUCAUACAAACCCCCAAUUUGUUGACUAUCUUUGUUGCUUAAUGAAUUAAGGGGGUGCGUAUCUAAGGAAAAUGUGGUGCUGCGUUGGUGGGAGAGUAUAACAAGGUAAUUUGGUGUUAUCAACUGAGUUGAAGAUUUAAAUGAGCCUCCAUCAAGAGUUAAAAAGCUGAUGUUUCUAGCAUUAGCUCUUCAUCAGAGCAAAGGACUAAUACUUGAAACGUCAGCUUUUAAACUCUUAACCCUUUAACUCUCAAAUCAAAUUUGUAAUUCUCCUUACGGUCAACCAUACAAUUCCUAUAAUGUUAGUUCAGAGAAUUUAGUAUUGGAUCAACUUGUUAUCUUCAAAUUGAUAUUUUUCUAUAUUCUCAUCACUUAUCUGAUUGAUAUUGUAUUGAUAUUGUAAGGAGAAAUUUUGUCUUAGUAACUCACAGGAGUUAAAGGGUUAAUGAUGGCUAAUUUACCUCAUCAACUCAGGUUAUAAUACCAAAUUAUCUUUGUUUGGCUGUAGCUGGAAUGUGUAACGUUUUUAGAAUUUAGAGGAGUUUGCCAUAGUUAACUGUAUUAUUUCCUAAUGAUUGUUGUAUUUAGUGGGCUAUCAGGUCAAUUCCUGAAUGUAAAACCAUCAUUCCCAAGUGAUUUUAAUCCAUAGUUAACUGUAUUAUUUCCUAAUGAUUGUUGUAUUUAUUGGGCUAUCAGGGCAAUUCCUGAAUGUAAAACCAUCAUUCCCAAGUGAUUUUAUAGUUACAAGUGUGAGGUGUCUUCUUUAAGUUACAGUGUACAUUGGACACAGUGAAAACUUCCUAAAACAGUUUUCUUAGCAUUUACAUUCAGUACUGUAGUAAAUACCUAUUCCAAGAUGAACACCACAAAGGUGAUAAGGCAGUGGGCCAUGAAAAUGUCCUUGAAUGACAAGGAUGUUCCAUAUCUAUGCAGGAAGGCUUGAGCCUGGUUUCUAGCUACCAAUCAGUAUUCUGUUUAAUUACUCUGUUUGGUAAUAUCUACAUUGUAUUUAUAGUUUUGAGUUGAGACAAAGUGUCUGGCCUAAGAACAUAUACACAACUUAGCCACAUCAUUCUCUAAAGUAAAUUCUCCUUACAACAUCAAUACAACAUCAACCAGAAAGAUGAUGAGAAGAUGGAAAAAUUUCAACAAGGGGAAAUUGUUUGAGUUCACGUGAAAAUCUCAGAGCUACAAAAAUAAAAGUAAAAGACAGAGAAAAGAGUUGUGCACAAUUAUCACUUCAUUGUCAUUGUGAUAAUCACUAAUAAUAUAUAGAUUUACGCAAGCCUAACUUACCGUAGGAAUCAUUAAUUUGUUUUCAUUUGAUUUUCAGGAAGGAGACAAGCUAAGCUAGCUCAAAAGGAGGAAGACACUAAGGUAAGAUCUAAAAAAGAAAUAAAUGUAAAGAUUUUUCUAGAUAAGGUUGUAAUAAUUAGACAAGCACUACACACUAAAAGUUCUUAGUUUUAGUGUGCAUUCCAGCUGUUGCUCUGUACAAUCAGCUCUAGAAGUGUGUUAGUUAAGAAUAUCCAUCUUACUGUUGAAGUUUCAUUUGAGCAUUUAAUCUGAUUGCCAGAGUGAGGGUACUCUUGUGAAGGACUGUUGUCUGGAUAAUCAGAAUAUGUGAUCCAAUGUGAGUAUUUUCAAACCUUAUACUCUAUGUGGAAUAUUCGUUUCUGCCCCUUAGAACCGUGCACCUGACAAGACAGAUGCAGCCGCUGUUCAACAAUAUUUCAUGGAAGAGGUUCAACAAGGGGAAGAGCUUUUAACACAUGGUCAGAUUCUAAGUUACCUAAGUUGUCACCUUUUAUAAAAUAUUAAGUUUGUACACACAUCCAUCAGUAGAUAGGUGUGUUUUGAUGAGAGUUUGUACCUUCUGAAAAGUCUUUUAUUAAGGCAGUAAAUGACUUGUCCAUAUUACUCAUCUCAUCUAAACUCACAGGAGGCUGGGAGGACUGUUGAAAGUUAUGCAAACACUCCAUUGUGUCUUGGGUUUGCAUAAGAUUCUCUCUCAAAAUCACCCCCUCCCCCAUGUUAAGAUGAGGCUAUGUAAACAUAGAAAAAGUUCUCUUCUGCUUUAACAUAAACUACACUUUUUCCAAACACCUAACUGAUCACAGUGAAACUUGCAAAACUCAUUAACAAGAACAAACUCUCAGCCCUUCAUGUUUUCUUGACAACUCAUUGAUUUGUAUGUCAUGUGAUUUUCUUAUUCUUCUUUUAGGUGAAUAUGAACAAGCUGUAAAACAUUUAACAAAUGCUGUUUUGGUUUGUGGACAGCCUCAGCAACUCUUGCAACUGUUUCAGAAUACAUUACCACCCAAUGUCUUUCAAAUGCUGGUUGAGAACCUCAAUGGCCUACCGACUGGUAUGAAGGAAGUAAGUGAGAAGUAUUUAUGCAAUAGGCUUAUUUGAUAUGGACUGUGUUCUAUUAUAAUACAAGUAUUCUUCAGAAACCAGUAUAAUUUUCAUCUUUGCGAUUAUAUGUAAGAAGGUUUAAUACAAAGUAAAUACCCUCUGUGUUUGAGAUUCCAAACAGUAAUCUAACAGUUUGUAAAUAUUCUUUAAAAUCUGAAGCAACUGAAAUAUAGAGGCCACCAUUUUGAAAAUGGCUAUGUAACCCUGGCUGCCCAUACAAACCUGAUGUUGCUAAUUUCUUUUCAUUUCUUGAGUACAAGUUCAGUUAGAGUUAUCAACUGAGUUGAUAAUGUAAAUUGGCUUGUGAAAAGAGUUUUUAAAGCAAUAAUCCAAGCAUCAGCGCUUUGUCAGAGCAAAUAGAGGAACUAUGGGUUGUUUGUGUUUUAAAUUAUAAAAGAAGAUGGAGCUAUACUAUUGAAAACUCUCUGUGGUGGCUAAUUUACAUUAACAACUCAGUUGAUAAAACCAACUUAUAACUCCAACUGAUGCAGUAUCACAGUUUCUUUAAAAACUGACCCUCUUUAUUAAUUUCUUGAUAUGUUUGAGUACAUUUUCAUUUUGUAAAUGUCUUCUUCGUCAUCCUAGGCUUAAUUUUUCCAAUAAUUUCAUGUUGUCACAAGUGUUAUCUUUCAUUUCUUCAUAAGAAAUCUGAUAUAGUAAACUUCUCAUUUGAGAUGUUAAUGUUCUUGGUUUUAGUGACUUGGUGUUCUUAACCAGUUUUUGUUUCUUUUUCAGAAAUCAGAAGAGGGAGAUUCUUUGGAUUGAGUUUGGAAGCGUUGCAAUUAGUUUAAAUUUUGAAAAAGAAAAUCUACUAGGGUUGUUGCUCAUUGUGUUUGUUCACUGAAGUUUCAAAAUAUUUGGCUGAAGUUUUGCUAAGUAGGCACUUGCUUGAACAAAUUACAUGUACGUUAAUAAAAAUGUUUGGUAUGCUUGUUGUUGAGUGAUAUUUGUAGCUAGAUAUGUCACUCAUGGGAGGCUAUUACAGUAGAACCCACUUGGUGAGAUGUAACUUCAGCCAUGAAAAAAUGUGAAGUUGGAUUCUUUUUUUAUUUGACAUUCUACAAUGGGUGCCUAUAAACUCAUAUGGAGUUCUGCUUACCAUCUGGCAAGAACUUUUUGUCUUGGUUUGGAAAAUUUGAUCAACUAAUAAUCCCCUAAUUGUUAUGUUUUAUAUUCUCAUCACUUAUCUGCCUGAUAUUGUAUUGAUAUUGCAAGGGGAUACUCUGUCUUGGUCUCUCGCAGGGUCAAGGGCCAAAGAGAAAUGGGAAAUGCUGUGCCUACCUAUCCAUUCUCAAACUUUUUUCUUAAAGGUAAUGACAGUAAUAACCAUUUCCUAUCAAGGGGUAACCUGAGCGCUCAACUGUUAAGUUAUGUGUAUGUUUUAAACAAUAAAUUAUUCUUAGUGUUUGAUUUUGUUAUGUUCACAAACCAUUUCUGGUGUAUUGGAAUGAAGUUAAGUUUUUUUUAUGCUUUUAGGAACAGAAAAAGAAAAAGAAAUAGUGACCAUGAAAUUGAUCUUCAUGGCAAUGA